AUGGAACCGGCGAGGCGUUGCAGCGGUGGUUCGCGGCUGCCGGAGUGCGUGCCGGCUGAGAGGCGGCUCAGCAUGACGUGCGUGGAUCUCAUCGGCAAGGUUCCAGAUCGCGGCUUCCUCGACGGGGCUCGAUUGAGGCUCGCGGCUGACCAGAAGGCUCGUGGCUGGGGUCUGUCGGGGUGGCUCGAGCGACGGCAGCUGAACAGAAGGUCGCUGGUGGAAGAGGGAUCGUCGGGUGGUGCAGGUGCAGAGGUCGCGGCCCGUCGGUGGUCAUAUCUGUCGCUGUCAGUGGCUUCUUCAAUCGAAGAACGGAACUCCCUCACCGGGAUCUCGCCAAAUGCACCGAAAAUUCGCCGAAACCUAGUGGUGAACAGGCCGGCCCUCGUCACCUAA